CUAAGUGAUAAGUUUAAUUCCCGUGCCCUAGCUUUUCCCUGCCUCGCCGAACUUCCUUUUACCCGAGCCCUCUCCUCUCGCGACCCUCUUCUCCCCAAAUCCACCGCCGGCUCUCCUUAUCUCCGCCGAGCCAUUGCCACCGGUCUCCUUUCUUCCUUGCGCGGGAGCACCACAGCAGCCGGCGAUUUCUCUCUUCCUCACGCGAGCACCAGCUGAUCUCCCUCUCGCAAUUUUCCCGAGCCGCAAAAAUCGCCGGCCUCUCCUCCUCGCACGGGCACCACAGUCGGCGGUCUUUCGCUCUCGAGCUACAGCCGCCUGCUCUCCUCCUUCCCAAGCCCUCACGCGACGCUGCCCAAAUCCAUCGCCGAGCCACGGCCGCCGAGCCACAGUCGCCGACCCCUCUUCCUCACACUGACGGUGCCCUAACUGAUCCAGCGAGUAGAUUCCCGUCGACGUUGAUUGAGACGGUUGACGUGACAAGACGUGAUUUGGUUCAGACUACAAUAAAGGCACAGGUACAACAUAAAGGGGCGUGUUUAUCCUGCAAUUCUUCCCGUAGAAACUAAGAAGGUGAACAUAAGCGAGGCAGAGAGCGGUUCUGCCAUGGCCGUCGCCACGAAUGUUUCCGCUCCCCACACCGUCUUCGUCUACGACACUUUGAUGGAUGACCAGGUUGUGCAGGCACUGCUCAAGCACGUCCCUCCCUCUUCCUCCGCCGUCCUCAACCACUACCACAGGUACAGCAUAAAGGGGCGUGUUUAUCCUGCAAUUCUUCCCGUAGAAACUAAGAAGGUGACUGGCAAGGUCCUUUUUGGCAUUACAAAUGUGGAGUUGGAUGUCCUGGAUGCAUUUGAAGAUAUUGAAUAUGAAAGGAGAGUUGUUGAAGUUUCUUUGCUAGACAAGACAGAGAAACUACUUGUUAAUGCAUAUGUAUGGUCCGACAAGAAUGAUCCAAACUUGUAUAGUGAAUGGGAUUUUGAGAGUUUGAAAUUCAGUCUCGGCACUACUUCGAGCAACAACUGUUUGCUUUUUACAAGUGAUCAAAUUUCACUGAACGAACGUACAAUAUCUAGAAGUAGAUCUUCAGUCACUAGGUGAACCUGCCUGAUCAACAUCAGUGUAAACUUCCAAGGUUCGUUUGUCUGUCUUUUUAAAUAUGUGUCUUUUUCCUGGGUCUCUUUUUAGAUAUUUCAAUAUUCAAAUUACAACAUCCAUGUGAUCAACUGAUUUCUCAGAAAUUAACUAAUGUGCAAAACUUAUAUCUGGACAAAUGUAAGUUAGGUAGAUAAGUCUGCCUACCAAUCGUUGAUAUCGUCCUUUAUCAGCUUCCAUUUCGUCAAUCUGAAACCUUAACUUGGUAUUAGGAUCCAUAGGUGUAUCUACUCUUGUAUCCACCUAAUCCAAUUCUUGUAGUAGGUCAAAGACAUACUUUCUUUGAGACACAAAAAUUCCUUUGUGACUUCUAGCAACCUCCAUUCCCAAGAAGUAUUUGAGUUGUUCCCGAUCUUUGAUUUUAAACUCCUUAGAUAGGAGUGACUUGAGCCUUUUGAUUUCUUAUUCAUGGUUUCAUUUGAGGACAAUAUCAUCAACAUAUACAGUAUUACUAAGAUUUUUCCACUUGGAAAAUGUUUCACAAAUAGCAUGUGAUUAGCUUGAGACUGGGAGUAGUCAUUUCUUUUAAGGACUUUAGCAAAUCUGUCAAACCAAGCUUUAGGUGAUUGUUUAAGCUCAUACGAGGCUCUCCUUAGUUUGCAAACUUUUCCUUUUGUACUAUCUGUCUCAUAUCUUGCAGGGACAUCCAUGUAAACUUCUUCCACAAGAUCUUCAUUUAGUAACGCAUUCUUCACAUCUAGCUGAAUCAAGGGUCAAUCUAAGUUAGUAGCACAGUAAUAUUCGGAUUGUAUUGAGUUUUGCAACUGGUGCAAAGGCUCCUGAUAGUCACUCCCAUAGGACUGGGUGUAACCUUUUGCUACCAGUUAAGCCUUGUAUCUAUUUAUGCUUUCAUCUGGUUUUGCUUGAUUGAAAAAAUCGACUUAUAUCCCACAGUUCUUUUUUCUUUGAGGUAGCUCAAUAGUGCUCAAGUCAAUCUUUUCCAUGGCUGUGUAUUCCUCUAGGAUUGUCUUGCGCCAUUCAGGAACUUUUAGAGUUUCAUACACAACUAGGAAUACUGAUAUUCUCAAUAGUUGUGCAUCGGAUGAAGACUAUAAGAUCUAGUUCCUUGUCUGUAUGUAAUAGGCUGGUUCAAUGUGGGAUUUGUCUAUGGAACUGGUUUUAUUAGAUCCUACUAUUUUUUAAGUUCAACUUGGCCACGAGUUGAGCUAUGAUAUGGCUGAAUUUCGUUCAAAAAUGCAAGAUGUUUCUCCUCGCCUAGACUUCCACUAUAUCAUGGGAAGGUGGUGUGUUCUUUUGUGGUUCCGAGAUAGGUGGCACAUGCGAUUGUUGUGAUGAUGAAAAGAACGGAGUUGAUGGGGAUGAUGGAGAGGAAGGAGUUAAUGAUGAUGGUAAGAUUGAGGAAGGACUCGAUUCAAGAAGGGACUCCCAAUCCCAAUGUUGUAAUGUAUUAGAGUAGUAUGGAAUGUGUUCAACGAAGGUGACAUCCAUAGAGUGAUAAAAUCUCUAAGUGACAUGAAAGAAGCACUUAACCUUUUUGUUGGUUGAAUAUCCCAAGAAAAUGCACUUAAGUGCAUGUGAAUCAAAUUUUCCCCAAUAUUAAGAGUAGAUGUGGACAAAUCCAAUACAUCCAAAGAGUUUGAGAGAUGUUUGAGACAAGUCUGAGUGUGGGAUACAGGUUUUGUAGAACUUGAAAUGGAGUCUUGAACUUAAGAACCCCAUAAGGGAGGCGAUUAAUAAGAUAGGUAGCUGUUAGAACUACGUUCCCUCAAAAUGUUGGAGUGUGAGCUUUGAAGAGUAAAGAGCGGGCUACCUCAAGUAUAUGACAAUUUUUUCGUUUAACUAUACUAUUUUGUUAGGGUGUAUCAACACAUAAACUUUAUUGGACUAUGCCAUUAUAUUGGAGAUAGGAGCAAAAGUUGGAAUUAAAGAAGUUUUUGCAAUAUGUAUGUCAGCCUGGAACUGGGUCUUGAUCAUGGUCAGAAAAUUCUGAAAGAUUUGUGUGGUCUCAGAUUUUUCUUUUAUAAGAAAGGUCCAACACAACUGUGUGUGAUCAUCAACGAAAAAUAAGAAAAAUCUGGAGCACUAAGACUUAGGUUUUUGAAUAGUCCCCAAAUGUCCCCAUGAUGAGAGAGAAAGGUUGUGUUGGUUGAUAUUGACGGGGUGUAUAAGUGCUGUCUAGUAUGUUUAGCAUAUUGGCAUACAUCACACUGAAAGAAAUUAGGACUUUAAUUGAUAAAUAAUAAAGGGAAAAGAUGUUUCGAGUACAUGAAAUUUGGAUGUCUUAAUCAAUAGUGUCAUAUCAUAAUUUCACUUUGAUUAUUGGAUAGACUAUUAGACUUGAAAUUAUGGAUUGUGUAAUAGUUGAGCAUAGCAAACUGGCUAGAUGUAGGGGAGUGUUCAAGAAGGUAAAGUCCGACAUGAAGUUUAGCACUGCCAAUCUUCCCAGUGCUAAGUCCUAAAAAACACAACCAUCACCAAAGAACUUAGUUUGAUAGUUAAGGUCUCGGUUGAGCCUACCAACCAACACAAGAUGACAAGCAAGUCCAAGCAUAUAAAGCACAGAAUUGAGAUUGAUAUUGUUGAUAAUUUUAAUUGUUUGCGUUCUGACCAUUUUGGUACAAGUGUCAUUUACUAUAUGCACCAUUAGAUGUUUGUCACAUAAUGAAAAUGUUGAGAAUAACAUUCUGUCACCUGUCAUAUGUUCAGAUGCUCCUGAAUCGAUGAUCCAAGAGGACUUGUUUGUGUGCAUUGCCAUAGGACUGCUUGUCGAUGAGUUGGAAGUUGAUCUCUUAAAUAGAUUGUUCUACUAACAUAACUUUUGGAGUAUAUUCAACUGCUCUUUGGAGUAAGGAGAACUCAUAGAUAUUGAAAAUACGCAUGAUGUGUCUUUGCCUCUCGGCUAGAAGGUUUCCAAUCAACUGGCUUUCUAUGGAAUUGCCAGCAUUGUUCUUUGAGAUGACCUGACUUUCAGCAGUGAUUGCACCAAGUCCUGUUCUUCUAUGGUCGAGUGUCACAUGCAUUUCGAGGCUCACCGAUGCUGCGGUUUAUGGACUGACUUUGAGCUACUAAUGCACUAGAAUUAGCAAAGGAGUCCUUGUCUCAAUUUGGGUUCUCUGAGAUGUAGGAUUGUCCCAAUAUUAUUCGCUUGUGUCUCUUCUCUCGGCUCACUUCUACAAAUCCUUCCCUAAGUCUAGGUAGUGGCUUGGUGCUAAGAAUUCUGCCCCGCACUUCAUCAAGCCACUUAUCAAGCCCACUUAAGAACUUGAAGACACGCUUUGCUUCCACAAUCUUUCGAUAGCAAUUUUUUCCUCUGUGCACUUCCAUUUGAGAGUUUUGAACAUAUCUAGUUGUUGCUAAUACCAAUUGAGUUGUAGUAAGCUGUCACUGUAGACUUCUCUUGUUGGAGACUUUGCAGAGGGCUCUUCACUUGAAAUAACUCUAUAGUGUUGUCACGAGGUUUCCCAAACAACCUCCCAAAUAUCGCUAGUAGAGGUACGUAGAAAACAAAUUCACCAACCUCCUUCAUCGAGCUGAUCAACCAUGACAUCACCAAGUUAUUCUCAGCCCUCCAAAUACGAUGCUAUGUUGUUUUAGGAUUUGGUUCUAGAAUAAAACCAGUUACAUAGUCAUCUUUGCCUCUUCCACUCAUGACCAUCAUCAUGGAUUGGGACCAUUGAAGAUAAUUGUAGCAAUUAAAUUUGUGAGUCGUGAUGGGAAGGAGACUGCCUUUUGGAGAAGAAGGCAUGACGCAGGACAUGCCGGAGGAAGUUCCUAUCAUGUCUUGCAUUGCAAAAUCAGAGUCGGCCAUGAUCCUAUCUUACUUGGAAGUCGGUUGCUCUAUUUGUUGUCAAUGAUGUCAGAAUGGUGGUCAACGAUGCUGUUGUUGAAAGAACCAACAAUCGUCGGAAUGGAGGUUGACAUUGCUGCUGCUGGAAGAACCAUCAAUCGUGCGACUUUGUCUUGUGACUAGACGAAGAACCAACUGCUAGGGUUUUUUCAGCCAAGGUUUCUGCUUUAAUACCAUGUAUCUAUUUCUUUAUUGAUAGUAUAUCCUCCUUAUAUACAAAGAUAAAUGUCGUAAAAUUAGGGAUGUGAUAAGUAUGAGCUAAUUACAAUCCAUCUAGGAAAUAAAUCCCUACAAAAUAGGGAUAAAAUAAUAAGUUGCCUAGUUUGAAUUUCAACAAUUUGUAACCCAAAUCAAUCUUAUACAAUCAGGUGUACUUUCCUACCAUGUUAAAUUUUCUAGAAUCAUUUGCAAUUUGUCUCGUGUUCUUUGAUUUUAAAACUAAUCAUUCUCAUGCUUACCUAGGAUUAGUUGAUACUAAUUUUAGCUUUUUUAUGAAGUUAUAAAUACUUGGUCAAUUUUUUAGAUUCUUCUAAUUGAAAAAGACAAGUCAUCCAAUACUUUAUGUAAACUAGAUUUUGUUACCUUCUUAAAGACUUUCCUAGACCCCCUUGGUCUGAGCUUUCCUCUUUGAUCUUUGCCUUUUUUUGCGUUAUGUGCUUGAUUAGGUGUUGUCUUCUGGUUCUCCUUUCUUUUCAUUCUUUGCAUGAGGACAUUUUGUUUUGUAGUUUCCCUUUUCCUUGCAUCUAAAGAAUAUUCUUUGAUCUUUAUUUUUAGUCAUGCCCUCAUUA